GCCGUGGCGGUUGGAGUAGCUCAAAUGGAAGGGGAAAGCAGAGUUCCUUUUCCUAUUUACAAAUUGGAUUUUAUUAUAAGUUAUUGUCGCAAGCAAAUUUUAAAUGGAUCAGAAGCUAACAACUUUACAAAAGCUGACAUAACAAAGCCAGAAGUUGUGCAGCGCUUGUAUGUAAGAAACUUGCAGUAUAUCUUUGAUGCAAGACCAGACUGCUUCUGCAUGAUGACUGGUGAUGAAAACAUACCGUAUCCCCAACUUCUUGAAAAUUGUGUCCCAAUAUUGAAUCUGUAUAUUUGCAUGCAUAGCUUAAUAUCACUAUGCGCAAUACCAAAUUUUACGAUGAAUGACUUCUGGAAUCCGAAAAAAAAGCGUACCAUUAUGAUCCUGAGUGGAAUCAUUAGUUUCCUUCAAUUAAGGAGGAGUGCCCUGGAGACCUAUCUGAACCAACAAAAAAGUUUUAAACUGAAUUUGGAGAUGAUGCAGCAGAUGUUUUCUUCAAAUGAAGAAAUGAAGUACAAAAUUCAAAGCUUAAACACAAUACCACCUGAGCAAAAGGCAAAAAUUGACGUACUUUCAGCUGACAUUACAGAAUUACACCAAGUGAUAAACGGGGAAUAUCGUCACAAGCAAAGUUCUGUUCAAGAUGUAACAACACAACUGAAGGCAAAAAUUGCUGAAAGAAACAAAGUGCUGAGCCAGCUGAAAGUGGACUUGGUUAAUGAAAAGGAGAUGCAAGCAAAGCUCAAACCCAUGAUUGUGGAAUGUCCAGAACAACAAAAGAGUGAAAUACAAGCAAUGAAUGAGGCAGUAGAGAAGAAAAAAGAUGCCUUGCAAAAGAAAAAUGAGCGGAUAUUAGAACUUCAGGACAAGUCGGCAAAUUUUACCAACUUCCAAAAGAAAGAACUAGAAUCUUACUUGGGUAUCUUGGCACAAAACCAGACUUGCUGUAACCAACUAAGCAGUAAGAACACUGAGAUUUGGAAUGAAGGAAAUGAGCUUGACAGAAAAAAGGUGGAACUUGAAAGCAUGCAAACAGAAGAGACUCCACUGAAAAGGCUUCUCUGUUCAAAAUUGGAAAAGCAAGACAAGCUAAAGAUGCAGAUGCUUAAGAAACAGGAAGCUAAGGAUCAUGAUCUUGAUUCAGUAGCCACUGAGUGUGAUCAAUUAAAGGUUCGAAACCAGGAAAUAUCUGAGCAGAUUGCUCAAAUAAACAGUGAACGUCAACAUAUUUUGGCAAAAAUUCAGUUGCUGCAAGAGAACUGUGAGAAAGAGGUGUCUGAAUACAAGAAUCUCCUUUCCAAAUUGCUGACUCAUAUGGAACAAUAUCAUGAACAUUUGGCCACAGUGACAGAGAAGGCUACACACGAGAGGCGUGAACAAAUGACAGAACUGAAGAGGGCCAUAAAUGAACGAAUUUAAAAUCCUUUUUAGUCACUUCAAAAUUGUGUACAACAUAUUUUAUUAACUUUUUUUUAAAAAGUCUGUCUCUACUGCUUAUUCUUAACAAGCAACAAAUUAUUCUUGAUCAGAUGUUUCAAAGCUAGCACAUUUGUCACUGCUUGACAUAAUUUGUAUAUAACAAGAUCAUAAAUGAGAGCCUCUCCCAGUAUAAUGUCUAUACAUAUUUUGGUAUGUGUUUUGAAAUAAAUAUAAAAAUAAACUGCAGAUUAAUGAGAAUUGCUAUAGUUAAUACACAAAUAAAAUGUGAAUGUGUUUCAUAGAUUAACUGCUAUUAAAAUAAUGGUAAAGGAUUGUCGAGGGAGAUUGC